AUGAAGUCGAUGUUCCGCAUGUCAGGCCUUGGUCUGCUCACCUACUACCUCGGCAUUGAGGUGGAGCAGACCGGGAAUGCCUUCACGCUCCGCCAGAGCGCCUACGCGAGGAAGCUGCUGGAGCGGAGUGGAUUGGGCGUGUGCAGGGCGUGCCAGACGCCCAUGGAGGAGAAGGUGAAGCUGUCAAAUGACAGCACUGCCCCCUUGGUGGACACCACGAGCUACCGGAGCAUCGUCGGCGCACUGCGUUAUCUUACUCACACACGGCCGGACAUUGGGUUCGCCGUGGGGUACAUGAGCCGGUUCAUGGCGGAGCCGCGGGAGGAUCACCUCGCCGCUUUCAAGCAGUUGCUCCGCUAUGUGGCAGGGACGCGCGACUACGGGCUCGUCUACCCAAAGAGGAGCAAAGGAGAACUGGAGCUGAUUGGGUUCAGCGACAGUGACAUGGCGGGCAACGUUGACGGACGAAGGAGCACGACUGUUGUGCUCUUCUUCCUUGGAGCGUGCCCGAUCUCCUGGCAAUCGAUGAAAUAG